GUUCUCGACGGGAGGAGGCGAAAGAGAGGUGAAGUGAAGAUGGCGAGAGGCUCCCGGUGUUUGAGGAGAGCGGUAGCGGAGUGUAUCAGAAACUUACCGUCCACAGCCAGUCGAGAAACACCGGGGAGGAGUGGAGUGAGAUAUCUGUCUUCAUGUGGGAUCUUGAUGACCAGGGCGCCGCCCCUCUUUAGGGCUGUGUCAAGUCGUGCAGUGGUUGCUCCAGCCAGGAGCUUCUUCAACUUUGCAGAGUCAUUCAACAAGAGGAAGGAGUACUCUGAAAGACGCAUUAUUGGGUACUCAAUGCAAGAAAUGUAUGAGGUUGUGGCCAAAGUUGAAGACUACCUGCUAUUCGUGCCCUGGUGUAAGCGAUCAGAUGUUGUUUUCCGCCGCUCAGGCUUUUGCAAAGCUAAACUGACUGUGGGCUUCCCUCCUGUGGUAGAAAACUACACCUCCCUCGUUUCUACAGUUCGCCCUCAUUUGGUCAAGGCGUCUUGCUCUGAUGGAAAACUCUUCAAUCACCUGGAGACAGUGUGGCGUUUCAGUCCUGGCCUUCCUGGCUACCCACGUACAUGCACACUCGACUUCGCUAUUUCCUUUGAGUUCCGCUCACUCCUGCAUUCUCAGUUGGCCACCGUUUUCUUCGACGAGGUCGUGAAGCAAAUGGUGUCAGCCUUCGAGCGACGGGCAUCCAAGCUGUACGGCCCAGAGACUCAGAUCCCACGUGAACUGAUGUUCCAUGAGAUCCACCACACGUAGUUCAUUCCACAGCUUCAGAUGAAAGGGAAGAGAGGGGUGUUGUUCAGGGAACUGGGGGGGUUAUUGAAAACAUACAUGUAGAGUAUUAUAAGGACAAUCAAGAGAGCGGGAGCUGUGUGCCUGAAUAUCGUCAGUGCCUGGUCCAAACAAAACCGUUUCACUUUUUUUAUGCUUAAAAAAAAAAAAAAAACAUAUGUGGCUGGAUCUAUUCAUGUGGGCCUUGAUUGUGCCCCGCUGAGCCCUGCCCCACUACCUCCAUGUUAACUUUUUUUAAACUUGCUACCCGUAUGGCACCUGGAGUCGUAUUUUAUAAUUGAGGACCUUGAGAUGGUUUUAAAAACAGCUGCCAAAAACCAUAAUGACUUCAUCAACGGCACAAUAGGCAAAGGUCAUGGGUCUCUUCGAAAGGACAUUACUGUGAGAUUUGUUUUUUAUAAAGUGCAUUAUUGGAAGGUUGUCAUUUGACGCAGAUUGUGACAGGUGAGUGAUGUAUUUAUUAAGAAAGCUUUUAGGUGAUCCUUUAAGAUUUCAAGAAAAGGACGAGGAGCUUGAGUGCAGAAGACUGACCGCUACUGCAGCCAAAUGCUAUCAGGGUAUCAAGGCUAAACUUCAGACUCAGGUCUGAUAUAUUCUUGCAUACCAGCACAAAUAAGGGCUUGAAAAACAAACGCUAAGAGGCUGUAAAACAACAUGUCCCUUUCACCAAAUUGCGUUGCGCAAGUCUUGUAAAUUUGCGCAGUUUAGUUCUAGCUGUGGCGCUUCAGUUCACUCCUCAAAUAUGAGUGAGAUCUCAAUAUUAUUUUUAGAGUCCAGAUUAAAGACUGCUUUUCUCUUUUAUAGGUGUGCAAUACAUGUCUAUGUUGUUUUUAACAGAGUGCUCACACAUCUCGAUAUUCACUGCUUCUAAAAGGGCCCAAACUCUGGGAACGGAGAUCGUAUUGAGCCUUUUCCCAGAGCUCUCAUCAGAUCGUAGUGAGGUAUCAGUCGCCACAGACCUUUAAAGAUUCCAAUCCACACCCUUUCUUUUUGUGCUUACUGCCUUUUUACAGAGAGAGUUACAUUAUUUAUCCAUAUCUUAAAAACAUGUAUGCGUGCAUCUUGUAUUUAUUUUGGUUAUGGGUUAACCACGUGUACAUAUCUGAUGGAAGACCACAGACUAAACGUUAGUGCACCGAUGAGCUGCAAACAAAUUAAUAAUCUUUUUUUUUUCUUACAUUUAUUUUUUUGGGGGGGGAGAUCUCUUUUUCUUGUUGUUUGGUUUAAUUGAGGUGUUUAAUGAGUGUGUUGUGGGUGAAUAUAUAUAUAUAUAUAUAUCCUGCCUGCAUGGUUUAUAAACUAUUUUUGUAUAUAAAGCCUAAA